UCGCUCUGAGAGACGGCUUCGCCUGCACACCGGAUCUCCAGGAGUGUCCAUGUUCCAGGGUGCAAAGACUAAACAAUAGACUAACCCAAACCCAACAACACCCUCAGACAGAAACUGGUCCGUUCUAAAGACAAAACACCCAAACAGAAGCUCAGUGGCGUCGUUUAUGCAAUCCAGUGUAGUGAGGACUGUCCAGAUGUUUACAUUGGGGAAACUAAACAACAAUUACACAAGAGCAUGGCACAACACUGGAGAGCCACUCUUCAGAUCAACACGCUGCAGUCCACCUACACCUGAAGGACAAGGGACACAUUCUGGACAGAGAAGAUAGAUGGUGUGAGAGAGGAGAAAAAGAAGCUAUCUAUGUCAAACAUGAAAACCCUACUUUAAAUAGGGGUGGGGCUUAGAUUUCACCUUUCCAGUACCUAUAAUGCAGCUUUGGACUUCAUACCUAAGCAGCUUCAGUCUAGGUCACAUCUUCCUGCAUCUAAUUAACAAAACGACUCAUCGGGGUAGAGAGGAGGGGUACUCAGAGUAGUUUCUGCUCGUUAAAUAACAGACAGCUACAGCAUAUAAGCUUGACUCUCCCAGAUUCCAGGCUGAACUGAUAAAGCUCCCCGGAUGAGAAGUGAAACGUCUUCCAAGAAACCAAAGGAGUCCAGCUGCCUUCAUCUGAACCCAUUGGAUUACCAUGACCUGUAUGACUUCGAACCUUCGCCAGCAUGUCAGGCUUCCUGCUUGUCAAGCAGAUAAUAAAGUUUAUUUUGAAACAGUCAUCAUGACAAACAUGGCGACGGAAGGAGGAGACUCGUGGAUAUCCUGUGACGUCGUUUUAAAGAAGAGUUUGUUUACAUUGUAGUUUGUUGGUAUUUCAUGUCGCGAUGAUGGAAUCGGGUCCGUUUCCAGAGGAGGUUCCGGAGAGGAGGGUGUGUGUGGUCGGUUCGGAGCUGGUAGAAAACUACACGGUUUAUGUGAUGGAUGUGACAGAUGGACACCACAGAUGGACGGUGAAGCAUCGCUACAGCGACUUUUAUGAGCUCCAUGAGAAGCUGACUGUAGAGAAAAAGGUUGACCGUCAGCUCCUUCCUCCUAAGAAGAUUUUGGGAAAGAACUCGAGGUCUUUGGUGGAGCGGCGUCAGAAGGAACUGGAGCUCUACUUACAGAUGCUGCUUCAACAGUUUCCAGAGGCCAUGCCCACUGCACUCAACGUUUUCCUGCACUUUCACCUCUAUGAGAUUAAUGGCAUCACGGCAGCGCUGGCAGAGGAGCUGUUCCAUAAAGGAGAACAACUGCUACAGGCGGGCGAGGUGUUUUCUCUUCAUCCGCUGCAGCUUUACUCCAUCUCACAGCAGCUCCGCCUCGCCAAUCCCACCUGCUUCAAUGGAGACGCCAAAACCGACCUGGGACACAUCCUGGACUUCACCUGCAGGCUGCGCUACCUUAAGAUUUUUGGGACCAGAGGUCCAGUGGGAACCAGUAAUAUCCAGGAGAGCAGUCUGCCCUUUGACCUGUCCAUCUUUAAAUCACUGUUGCAAUUAGAGAUCAGCGACUGCAACUCUCGGCAGAUCUUGGGUCUGCCAACUCUCAGGUCCAGUCUGGCCACCAUGAGCAUUCAUCGCUCUACAGAAUCCAUGAUGGUGGUCCUGGUGCCGGAGGCUAGUGAGUUUUCCCAGUGGGAGCCCGAGGGUGUGGAGUCUAGGUGUCCUGUCACAGCGGUCAUUCCCAUGUGGACAAACCUGACUACUCUGGACCUAAGCCAUAACUGCAUCAGCAACAUUGACAACUCCGUGAAGCUAAUCUCUAAAGUGGAGUUUUUGGAUCUGAGCUACAACCAUCUUUCCUUGGUCGAGAACCUUCAGCAUCUGUACAACCUGGUCCAUGUGGAUCUGUCCUACAACAGCCUAAAAGCUCUGAAUGCUGCUCACACCUGUCUGGGGAACAUUAAAACCUUGAGCCUGGCUGGGAACCAGCUGGAGAGACUUAGUGGCCUCUCAAAGCUCUACUCUCUAGUCAACCUAGACCUCAGCCACAACCAGGUGGCCCAGCUGGAAGAAAUCAAGAAUAUUGGAUCUUUACCCUGUUUGGAGAUACUGAACCUUUCCAGUAACCCUGUAUGCAUCAUUCCAGACUACAGAACAAAGGUUUUGACACAGUUCGGAGACCGGGCUGCAGAGAUUUGUCUGGACUUUAAGGUGACUACAGAGAAGGAGCUGGACACAGUGGAGGUGUUGAAAGCCAUCCAGAAAGCUAAAGAAGCUAAAGACCGGAUGAGCAGCAGUGAGACAAAGGCUAGUGAGGCGACCAGACUUUCUGCUACUCUUCCUGUCACCUCCUCCUCCCCCAGCCCGGCCCAGCAGGCUGCCUGCCCCAGCCAAGACGUAACACGCAGAGAAGAGGCCACAGUCCCCUCCAUUGUCCUCCUUUCUGUGGACAAUCCCCAACCCUCUACAGCUGACCCCAUUCAGGUAGAACAAGCUUUGCCACACUGUGGAGACCCAACAAGCAGCUCUUCUUUUUCUGCUGUCUGGCCACUUGAAGCUCCCUGUGCUGCCUGCAGCGCCCCCUGGUGUCCUCUCCUUCCAAUUCAUCUGUUCUCUUUGUUCUCUGACAAAGACUUCAUUACCAAGCUCUCCCAACUGCUCAGCUUAGCCUUGAAAGAAAAGAAGAAAAAGGAGUUGGAGAGGAAGGCUGAAUCCAAAGAGGCUCAGUUUUAUGUCUGUAGCACGGAUGUGGGCGGUCACAGUCCGAGCUCCAAGGAUGGGUAUUUUGAGAUGGGCCUGGAUGAUUCAUUGGAAGAGCCAGUCUGCUCCUCCCCGUCCUUGGUCAAUGCUCAUGUUGCUGAGGAGGACCUCCUGGAGGAGGUUCUUGUCCGCAGAGUUAUGUGGUGCUGCUGUGUCUGGGUAGAUGAAGAGGUGAAGCAAGGGGAGGCAUGUCUGGUGCUAACAGACCGACUCUUAGGACUAUUGACAUGGUCACAUGACCCUAUGUCGACCAGUCAGGAAAGAGACCUGGACCAGAUUCCAUCAAUGGAGAAGGUCCUGUCAGGCCUUCACGUGGACCUCCUGGUACCGUACUCCCAGCUCCUGCUGUCCUCCCAAGUUGACCUUCCUUACUCCUGUCUCUUCUUCGGGCUUAGAGCCAACCUCACCUGCCGGUACUGGUACAUCUUCUCUGAGGCAGAGGAGCUCCGACAGACUAAAACUGAGCUGAAGGCUCUUCUCCAGGCGUCGGACCUACAGAACAUUCCAGAAGCCCUGGCUGCUCCUCAGCUCCUACCUCCUUCGCUCAUCAGCUCCUGGGAGCAGGAGGAGAAUCUGGCAGCCCAGGGAGGCUAUCCUUCUCACAUCAUCUGCUGUUCCUCCUCAGACACCUCCUCCCUGCCCUCUGAUGUGGUUUCUGAGGAUCCCCACCUUCUUUCGCUCCUUUUCCUCACCCACAGACAUCUUUGGGUCCUCAGGAUGGACUUCAGAGACCUGGCUGUCCAUCAGUCCUCCUCCUCUUCUUCCUGGGCCAAGUUGGUUCGUGUUCCCCUUGGCUCUGUGGUUCUUCAUCCCAGAGACCGAGAUGCUCAGAUGGGGGACUGGACCAACCUCAGGUCCUGUUCUGACCCACAGCAUCAUCUCAGGAUUCAUCACUCAGUGGAGCUGCUCCUCGGGGCUCAUCGGCUGCUUCUGCUCUUCCUUCUGGCCCAGGAUAAGACCUCCUUCCUGGACAGUCUCUACCAGAGGAGAGCCUCUAUGGAUGGUCUGAAGAUGGUGGCACUGCCCCAGUUGUGCAGGUCUGGAUCCCACAAAGCUGCACCAGGUGUAUUCAAAUCAAGAGACGAGUGCUGCUGCUGCAACAGGAAGUCCAGGUGCUGCAGCUGGGACUCAUCUGGGUCUAAACUCAAAACUGAGGGGAACCAACUAUCCCAUCACCUGGUGCCGGGACUGUCUCCAGGACUGAAGCUCCUGGCUGGGCUCAAACAACAGCAGCUGCUGACCUACUUCCAUAGAUAUGUAGCUGUGUCCCACCCGGAGGAGCUGAGACACGUCUUAUGGCUUUCUGUGGUUCUGUAUAAAUCUCCAGAAACCGAACUUACCUGCUGUCUGCUUCUGUCCAACGACUCCAUCUACUUCCUGUUGGAGGACUUGCCCACGAGUCAUUGCUCAGCGUUGGAAGUCUCAGACUCUAAAGAACUGGAGGACGUGAGUCUGUGCUGCUGCCUGUCCUUCAGACUGUCUGACCUACUGGCAGUCAACGUGGGGCUGUUUGACCAAUAUUUUAGACUCGUAGGACACUCAGCAGAUCACAUUGUGUGCUGCCUCAGCAGGGACAGCUAUGCGACAGGCAUCUUUCUACAGGAGCUGAUGUCUGCUCUUAGUCUGCACCAGCAGCAGCUUCCACCUCCAGAACCAUCAGAUCAAGACUUCUACUCCCAGUUCACCAACACCAACACAAGUAAGAUGCAGAACUACGAGCUAAUCCACAGCAGCAAGGUGAAGUUUAUCUAUCCCAGUGAGGAGGAGAUGGAAGACCUGACCUUCAUUGUGGCAGACAGGAAGAAUUCAGCACCCCCCUCCUCCUGUAAUAUCCUGCUCUAUUUGCUGGUGUUUCAGGUUCAGAUCCCUAGCCAAAGUUGUGUUCUCUCAGGCCCGUCCAGUUCUGGCUCUACCCCAUCUCCUGUUCUUCAGCCCCGGACUCUGAUCCUCACCAGCACUGACGUGUUACUGUUGGAUGAGGACUACGUCAGCUAUCCACUACCAGACUUAGCUAAAGAACCUCCAUCCAGUCAGCCACCAGUUCCCUGCCAGAUUAUUGAAAGCCCACGCAAGUAAAUCUUCCAGCCAUUCACCCUGCCUGAUCUCAGCCUCCGGACCUCGUUUUUCUCAUGAUCCCUGUCUUGAACUCUGCCUGCCAUCACGACCCUCGCCUGUCUUCUACCACGUCUCCAGCCUGCUCCCUGUACCUGCUUGUGCCGAUCUGGUUUUGACUCACGCCUGCCCUCCGACUCUGUCUCCUGCCUCGCCCUCCUCGGGUAACUCCUCAUCCAAGUAAAGACUUUUAAGGAACUUUACUGUGUUUGGCGUCAUUACGGGUUUUGUGAGUUCGUGACACUACCUUCUCCAAGAUGGAGAGUCCAUGAUCUCAAUUUAACACAGCUAUUCAUAUAAAGCCUCAAAAAGUAUUACUUUAGCAUCAAAGCAUUACUUUAAAAGUGAAAGAAUAAAAUUAAUGUCUUAAAACUGAACAGUUUUACCAUUAGCAUGAAUUUUAACUGGAGAAUCAAAAAUUGGCAGAGGUUUAACAUAAAAAAACACAAAACAAGCAGUUAGGUUUGUAACUGAUAAGAUUUUAACUUAGAGCACAUUGAUUUCUAAUGGUGAACAAAUCUAAACACCUUUUAACUGUGGAUCAGGGUCUUGAUAAAGACUAAAUUCUGCAAUGUUCCAGAACAUGCCCUGAGAAGGUUUUACAAGCCUUCAAACCUUGGGGGAGAGUCGGGGCUUGGCAGGUUGACAUGGGCCCAACCAAGUCCUGAUAAUGUCUGUCUUUUCGAUUGCUUAAGGAGGGAAACUAACAAGUCACUUGGUAAAAUUUACGUUCCUGGGAGAAAAUGUAGGAGUUAACCAGAUGUUCGAACUGCGGUCCAGUUUCAAAGUCCUCUUUUUGUUUUCUUCUGCUAAAUGUGAGAGGAAAAACUUUGUGAAAAUAGUUAUGUUCUCCUUCGUGUGAAUACAAACAAAGUUAAUCAGAGGAUAUAAAAUGUGGAUUUCCGCUACAGUCCUGUUCCAAUUUUUGUUUUGCCUAUUCUGCAAAUUCCGUGUGCCGAACUGGGUCAUCCUCAUUGAGAUGCUGCAGUAGCUGGAGUUUGUAAGGGUGUUAUUUGUGAGUAGCUAAUAUCAGCCGAAGGGAUGUUGAACUAAUGCCACUCUCCAGUGACAUGUGGCAAGUGCUACCCUGUGGGCUUUUGCUGAAUGAAGCUAGGACAGCCGCUGAUAUUUCUUCAUUAGUGACCGUUUUCAUGCGUCCACAUUUUGGCAAAUCCAACACUGAACCUGUUUCACGAAAAUGAGCAAGCAGUUUGCUAACUGUACCAUGGGAGAUGGGUGGUCUCGUAGGGUGUCUUGCAUUGAAAUCUGCUGCAAUGACUUGGUUACUGCGUUCACCAGAUAUCAACACAAUUUCGAUCUGCUUCCUCACGUGUUAACCUCAUCGACAUGUCAGUGGCUGUGAACAAAGAGAAACUUGUAAAUAACUCACGAAAGAAUAAAAUUACAUUCAAACCAA